AUGAAGGCUGAGAGGAGCCUGGCGCGAGGCCGGCGUGCAGUUAAGAUUUUGUGGACUGAGCGCAUGGGUGGAGAAGCUGGAUGUGGGAGCAGAAAUCACGCCAUCACCUGCCUUCCGGGACUGCAUUCAGGAAAGAGCGUGAGCGCCCCACUCCAGCAGGGCCAGAGGACACGGGGGUACGUGGUCUGGCAGGGCUGGGCCUGCGGUCCUGAGUGGGCGGCAGCACGUGACCACCUGCCGCUGCAGAGCAGUGGCGAGCGCAGCCUCCCCGGCUCAGCUGGCCCUUCCUCCCACGCAGGGCCUGGCCAUCUUGUGCCCAACUCUGCCUCUAAGAAAUGCAUCCUGAUGACUGUGCGUGACUGUGUGCUGGCUGCGCUCUCCUCCGUCCUGCCUCCAGCCCGGCUCCACUUCUCGGCUGCUGCUUUAAGACCGCAGAGCGCCCCAGCGGCCAGAGGCAGGGGAGGGGGUCCCCGCUCGCCUCCGCGCCGCUCGCUCGCUCGCUCGCUCGCUCGCCCCGCGCCCGCCCGCCUCCCAGGCAGGGAAGCCCCGCCGGCCCGCUCUGGCCGCAGCGUUGGGCGCGGCGCCCGGGAGCAGGUGUGCAGGAGCGCAGCGCGCGGCGAGCGCAGCCCUCGCCCCGGAGCCCGGCCGCGCCGCGUGCCCGGGCGGCUCGGCAGCAGCGGCGGCGGCGGCGGCGGCGGCGGGCGGACGGCGGCCCCCGGGCAGGUGGCGAGCGAGCGGAGCCGGGCGGAGCGCGGGGGGCGAGGCCGGCGCGUCGCUCGCGGGAGGCCGGGGAGCAGCAGGGGCAUGUGGAUACUGGCUCUCUCCUUGUUCCAGAGCUUCGCGAAUGUUUUCAGUGAGGACCUUCACUCCAGCCUCUACUUUGUCAAUGCAUCUCUGCAAGAGGUAGUGUUUGCGAGCACCACGGGGACCCUGGUGCCCUGCCCCGCUGCAGGCGUCCCUCCUGUGUCUCUCAGAUGGUACCUAGCGACGGGCGAGGAGAUCUACGAUGUCCCCGGGAUCCGCCACGUCCACCCCAACGGCACUCUCCAAAUUUUUCCCUUCCCUCCUUCAAGCUUUAGUACCUUAAUCCAUGAUAAUACUUAUUAUUGCACAGCUGAAAAUCCUUCAGGGAAAAUUAGAAGUCAGGAUGUCCACAUCAAGGCUGUUUUACGGGAGCCCUAUACAGUCCGUGUGGAGGACCAGAAAACCAUGAGAGGCAAUGUUGCGGUCUUCAAGUGCAUUAUCCCCUCCUCGGUGGAGGCGUACGUCACCGUCGUCUCCUGGGAGAAAGACACCGUGUCACUCAUCUCAGGAUCUAGAUUUCUCAUCACAUCCACGGGAGCCUUGUAUAUUAAAGAUGUACAGAAUGAAGAUGGAUUAUAUAACUACCGCUGUAUCACGCGGCAUAGAUACACGGGGGAGACCCGGCAGAGUAACAGCGCUCGACUCUUUGUAUCAGACCCAGCGAACUCAGCACCAUCCAUACUGGAUGGGUUUGAUCAUCGCAAAGCCAUGGCAGGGCAGCGUGUGGAGUUGCCUUGCAAAGCGCUUGGGCAUCCUGAGCCGGAUUAUCGCUGGCUGAAGGACAACAUGCCUCUGGAACUUUCUGGAAGGUUCCAGAAGACCGUGACGGGGCUGCUCAUUGAGAACACUCGUCCUUCAGACUCAGGCAGCUAUGUGUGUGAAGUUUCCAACAGAUACGGCACUGCUAAGGUGAUAGGCCGCCUGUACGUGAAACAGCCACUGAAAGCUACCAUCAGCCCCAGGAAAGUUAAAAGCAGCGUGGGUAGCCAGGUUUCCUUGUCCUGCAGCGUGACAGGCAGUGAGGACCAGGAACUCUCCUGGUACCGAAAUGGUGAAAUCCUCAACCCUGGAAAAAAUGUGAGGAUCACAGGGAUCAACCACGAAAACCUUAUAAUGGAUCACAUGGUCAAAAGUGACGGGGGCGCAUACCAGUGCUUUGUGCGCAAGGAUAAGCUGUCUGCUCAAGACUUUGUGCAGGUGGUCCUUGAAGAUGGCACUCCCAAAAUUAUUUCUGCCUUUAGUGAAAAAGUGGUGAGCCCAGCAGAACCAGUGUCCCUCAUGUGCAACGUCAAGGGCACGCCCUUGCCCACCAUCACGUGGACCUUAGACGAUGACCCGAUCCUCAAGGGGGGCAGUCACCGCAUCAGCCAGAUGAUCACGUCGGAGGGAAACGUGGUCAGCUACCUGAACAUCUCCAGCUCUCAGGUCCGGGAUGGGGGAGUAUACCGCUGCACUGCCAACAACUCGGCGGGAGUCGUCCUGUACCAGGCUCGAAUAAACGUAAGAGGGCCUGCAAGCAUUCGACCAAUGAAAAAUAUCACAGCCAUAGCAGGGCGGGACACAUACAUUCACUGCCGUGUGAUUGGCUAUCCCUAUUACUCCAUCAAAUGGUACAAGAACUCCAAUCUGCUUCCUUUCAACCAUCGCCAAGUGGCAUUUGAGAACAAUGGCACUCUGAAACUCUCGGACGUGCAAAAGGAAGUGGAUGAGGGAGAGUACACGUGCAACGUGCUAGUUCAACCGCAGCUCUCCACCAGCCAGAGUGUACAUGUGACGGUCAAAGUUCCACCUUUUAUCCAACCUUUUGAGUUUCCAAGAUUCUCCAUUGGACAGCGGGUCUUUAUCCCAUGUGUUGUGGUCUCAGGGGACUUGCCCAUCACGAUCACCUGGCAGAAGGACGGCCGGCCAAUCCCAGCAAGCCUCGGGGUGACCAUCGACAACAUUGACUUCACAAGCUCUUUGCGGAUUUCCAAUCUCUCCCUCAUGCACAAUGGGAAUUACACCUGCAUCGCCAGGAAUGAGGCCGCAGCGGUGGAGCACCAAAGCCAGUUGAUUGUGAGAGUUCCUCCCAAAUUUGUGGUUCAGCCACGGGACCAGGACGGGAUUUAUGGCAAGGCUGUCGUCCUCAACUGCUCAGCCGAGGGCUAUCCUGUACCCACCAUAGUGUGGAAGUUUUCUAAAGGUGCUGGGGUUCCCCAGUUCCAACCCAUUGCCCUCAAUGGCCGAAUUCAGGUCCUGAGCAACGGGUCCUUGUUGAUCAAGCACGUCGUGGAGGAAGACAGCGGCUACUACCUGUGCAAGGUCAGCAACGAUGUGGGCGCGGACGUCAGCAAGUCCAUGUACCUCACGGUCAAAAUUCCUGCGAUGAUAACAUCCUAUCCAAACACAACCCUGGCCACUCAGGGUCAGAAGAAAGAAAUGAGCUGUGCGGCCCACGGUGAGAAGCCCAUCAUAGUCCGCUGGGAGAAGGAGGACCGGAUCAUUAACCCCGAGAUGGCCCGUUACCUCGUGUCCACCAAGGAGGUGGGCGAGGAGGUGAUCUCCACUCUGCAGAUUUUGCCAACUGUUAGAGAAGAUUCUGGAUUCUUCUCCUGUCAUGCUAUCAAUUCUUAUGGGGAGGACCGUGGAAUAAUUCAGCUCACAGUGCAAGAGCCCCCAGAUCCUCCCGAAAUUGAGAUCAAAGACGUGAAGGCACGCACAAUCACCCUCAGGUGGACCAUGGGGUUUGAUGGCAACAGCCCCAUUACAGGCUACGAUAUUGAAUGCAAAAAUAAAUCAGACUCCUGGGAUUCUGCUCAGAGAACCAAAGAUGUUUCCCCUCAGCUGAACUCGGCCACCAUCAUUGAUAUCCACCCUUCCUCCACCUACAGCAUCCGCAUGUACGCCAAGAACCGGAUUGGCAAGAGCGAGCCCAGCAACGAGCUCUCCAUCACUGCGGACGAGGCAGCUCCCGACGGCCCGCCUCAGGAGGUGCACCUGGAGCCCCUGUCAUCUCAGAGCAUCAGGGUCACCUGGAAGGCUCCCAAGAAACAUUUGCAAAAUGGGAUUAUCCGUGGCUACCAAAUAGGUUACCGCGAGUACAGCACCGGGGGCAACUUCCAGUUCAACAUUAUCAGUAUCGACACCACUGGGGACAGUGAGAUUUACACCCUGGACAACCUCAGUAAGUUCACCCAGUACGGCCUGGUGGUGCAGGCCUGCAACCGGGCCGGGACGGGACCUUCUUCUCAGGAAAUCAUCACCACCACCCUCGAGGACGUGCCCAGUUACCCCCCUGAAAACGUCCAAGCCAUAGCAACAUCACCAGAAAGCAUAUCAAUAUCCUGGUCCACACUUUCCAAGGAAGCCUUGAAUGGCAUUCUCCAGGGGUUCAGAGUCAUUUACUGGGCCAACCUGAUGGACGGAGAGCUGGGCGAGAUUAAAAACGUCACCACGACGCAGCCUUCCCUGGAGCUGGACGGCCUGGAGAAGUACACCAACUACAGCAUCCAAGUGUUGGCUUUCACCCGCGCCGGGGACGGCGUCCGAAGUGAGCAGAUCUUCACUCGGACCAAAGAGGAUGUUCCAGGUCCUCCUGCAGGAGUGAAGGCAGCCGCGGCCUCAGCCUCCAUGGUGUUUGUGUCCUGGCUUCCCCCUCUCAAGCUGAAUGGCAUCAUCCGGAAGUACACCGUAUUCUGCUCCCACCCCUACCCCACAGUGAUCAGCGAGUUUGAAGCCUCUCCUGACUCAUUUUCCUACAGAAUUCCCAACCUGAGUCGGAACCGUCAGUACAGUGUCUGGGUGGUAGCCGUGACUUCAGCUGGGAGAGGCAACAGCAGUGAAAUCAUCAUGGUGGAGCCAUUAGCUAAAGCUCCAGCACGAAUCCUGACCUUCAGCGGCACAGUGACCACCCCGUGGAUGAAGGACAUCGCCUUGCCUUGUAAAGCUGUUGGGGACCCUUCUCCUGCAGUAAAAUGGAUGAAAGACAGUAACGGGACACCCAGCCUAGUAACGAUUGAUGGGCGGAGGAGCGUCUUCAGCAACGGCAGCUUUGUCAUCCGUACCGUGAAGGCGGAGGACUCUGGCUACUACAGCUGCAUUGCCAAUAACAACUGGGGAUCAGAUGAAAUUAUUUUAAAUUUGCAAGUGCAAGUUCCACCCGAUCAGCCUCGACUUACAGUGUCCAAAACGACAUCUUCUUCCAUUACACUCUCAUGGCUUCCUGGAGACAAUGGGGGCAGUUCCAUCAGAGGGUACAUAUUGCAGUACUCCGAGGAUAACAGUGAACAGUGGGGAAGUUUUCCAAUCAGCCCAAGUGAACGUUCUCACCGCCUGGAAAAUCUGAAGUGUGGCACUUGGUAUAAGUUCACUCUAACUGCCCAAAACGGAGUGGGACCGGGACGCAUCAGUGAAAUCAUAGAAGCGAAAACGUUGGGGAAAGAACCCCAGUUCUCCAAGGAGCAAGAACUCUUCGCCAGCAUCAACACCACACGUGUGAGGCUGAAUCUUAUCGGUUGGAAUGAUGGCGGCUGUCCAAUCACCUCCUUCACACUGGAGUACAGACCCUUUGGGACCACCGUCUGGACCACAGCUCAGCGGACCUCUCUCUCCAAGUCCUAUAUCCUGUACGACCUGCAGGAAGCCACGUGGUACGAGCUGCAGAUGAGGGUGUGCAACAGUGCUGGCUGUGCGGAGAAGCAGGCCAACUUCGCCACGCUCAACUACGAUGGCAGUACAAUCCCUCCACUCAUUAAGUCAGUUGUGCAAAGCGAAGAAGGCCUGACAACCAACGAGGGGCUCAAGAUGCUUGUGACCAUUUCCUGCAUCCUGGUGGGGGUCUUGUUGCUGUUCGUACUCCUGCUGGUGGUGCGGAGGAGGAGGCGGGAGCAGAGGCUAAAGAGGCUGAGAGAUGCAAAGAGUUUAGCUGAAAUGCUCAUGAGUAAGAACACCCGGACUUCGGACACCUUGAGCAAGCAACAGCAGACCUUGAGGAUGCACAUUGACAUACCCAGGGCUCAGCUUUUGAUUGAAGAGAGAGACACAAUGGAGACCAUCGACGAUCGCUCCACGGUCCUGUUAACGGAUGCUGACUUUGGGGAGGCGGCGAAGCAGAAGUCCCUGACGGUGACACACACGGUACAUUACCAGUCAGUGUCGCAAGCCACCGGGCCCCUGGUGGACGUUUCUGACGCGCGGCCAGGAACGAAUCCCACCACCAGGAGGAAUGCAAAGGCAGGACCUACAGCAAGAAACCGGUAUGCCAGCCAGUGGACCCUCAACAGACCCCACCCCACCAUUUCAGCACACACCCUCACCACAGACUGGAGGCUGCCGACGCCCAGGGCUGCAGGAUCAAUGGACAAGGAGAGUGACAGCUACAGUGUCAGCCCCUCACAAGACACAGAUCGAGCACGAAGCAGCAUGGUCUCUACAGAAAGUGCCUCCUCCACAUAUGAAGAACUGGCCAGGGCCUACGAGCAUGCCAAGAUGGAAGAGCAACUGAGGCACGCCAAGUUCACCAUCACAGAAUGCUUCAUAUCAGACACAUCAUCGGAGCAGUUGACGGCAGGGACAAACGAGUACACAGACAGUCUGACCUCCAGCACCCCUUCAGAAUCGGGGAUCUGCAGGUUCACUGCAUCUCCCCCCAAACCUCAGGAUGGAGGUCGAGUGAUGAACAUGGCGGUUCCAAAGGCACAUCGGCCAGGUGACCUCAUACAUUUGCCUCCAUACCUUAGAAUGGACUUUUUGUUAAACCGAAGCGGUGCAGGCACGAGCAGGGACCUGAGUUUGGGGCAGGCGUGUUUGGAACCUCAGAAAAGUCGGACCCUGAAGCGCCCCACAGUCCUUGAGCCAAUCCCCAUGGAGGCCUCCUCUUCCACGUCCUCCACAAGAGAGGGACAGCAGUGGCAGCAGGGGGCUGUGGCCACAUUACCUCAGCGAGAGGGAGCAGAGCUGGGACAGGCAGCUAAGAUGAGCAGCUCCCAAGAAUCGCUGCUCGACUCUCGGGGCCAUUUGAAAGGAAACAAUCCCUACGCAAAAUCCUACACCCUGGUAUAACAAACAGCAUGACUGGACAGCGGCUGUAAAUACAAUUUAAAAAAUUCAAUCAAAGCUACCUUUUUUUUACGGAAUUCCAAUAUUUAUAAUUAAAGAAAAUUGCCAAAAUAUAUUAAAAAAAGAGAGAAAAUACUGAAACCACAGACAGUGCAAAGACUCUCCUGCUUUUUUUCUGUCUGAGUGUGAGCUCCAUCUGCCUGGGCAUCUGAUUUUUUGGGAAAGAAGUCCAGUUUUAUGAUCUUCACAGGUUAUUGCAUUUUUACUGAUUUUCUACAAAGUGCAUGGGGGACUAAUUAAACCUUCUGACUGGAAGUUCUAUCACACAAGAUUUAAGAACGAAAACAGGGAAAAAAAUUACCCUCUUUGUGAAUUUAAAAGGAACAUUGAUUUGGGGGCAGGGGGGGAGACUUUAGUCAUGUUUGCACACCUUUCUUUCCCAUUAGAAACUGGGUCCUCAAUUUGACCUCCUUCUGUUGUGAAUUAGGAUGAGUGCCGUCAGUGAAGGGGUGGGGGGAAUCAAUUUGAUUUUCUUUUCUGUUUAUUUUUUAAUUUAAUGAGACACUCUUUGCAUUUUGUCUAAGCGAAAUAAAAAAAGAAAAGGUGGUCUGCCUUUA